AAAUGAAGAGAGAAAAGCUGCGGGACAUUAAGGUUAACCGCGGUCUUCUUCGGCCCAUCCCGCACAAAGCCAUCCGGCACAGGUUUAUUUCCGCGAGGUCCACGAUAUUGCGGGAUAACAGAUCUUAGGUCCAAGCCCGUCCGCCACAGGUUUAAACGGACCUAUCCUGCGGGCCAAGCCUUCCUUUGACAUUCCUAGAAACAAUCAUCACUUUAAUAAAAACAGUAAAUGAUACGAAUCUGACAUCUGUUCACCGUUGUUACUACAAGUUACCCACACACACCGAGGAUAAAACAGUCAUUUGCUUCUGAACAGACGGUUUGAAUUUUAUCUUUGAAGUUUAUCCAUCUUUUAAUAAGCUGUCGUCGUUCAAUCUAUCUUCCUCAUUUUGUAAAAUUCGAAUCUUCUAAGAGAGUCUAGCGAAGCAAUGGAGGUCACAGCCGACGAGGUAUUGCCGGAGGUAAACGCCACGGCGGCGGAAUUUCUUGAUCAGAACGAGCCGGCGGAGGAGGAGCAGAUGGAAAGGGAUAAUGGUGGAGAGAGGAAGAGAGAGAGCGAGACGCCUCCAGAGGAUGAUUGUUGCCCGAUCUGUUUCAGCUCCUUCACGGUCCCGUGUCGAGGGAACUGCGGCCAUUGGUAUUGCGGAAGCUGCAUCUUGCAGUACUGGAACUACGCUGCAGUCUCUAAGCCUUGCAAGUGUCCUAUGUGUGUUCGACACAUCACUACGCUGUCACCAGAAGCGUCCUUGCAGGAGCGGCAAGAGCAAGAGGUGAAGGAGGUUCUUGCUAAGAUCCGUAGGUAUAACCGUCUCUUUGUUGGAGGCUUAACUGGUUUUCUUCAGUUGAAGGAGCUGCCUUUGCUGAUAAAGAGAAUGGUGUGGCGCAUGAUGGAUCCUGAUACAAACACUCUGUAUUUUCACGAAGUGCGCAUCUUUGCAAUGUUGAUGAGUACCCUUUACACUGCGGCAGAGUUUAGCUUCAUCCCAACGGGAGGGUUCAGAAUAGUGACGGUGUUCGACUACUGUGCCAUUGCAAUGAUCCUGAUUCUGCGCGUGGUGGGGAUAUAUCGGAGGAGACGACUUGCUCAGCGUGUUAGGCAUAUUGCAGCUGCAGAACUUGAACCAGAAUAGAGAUCUUUUAAGCGUUUGUUCAUCGUAGGUUUGGUAGAUCAUAGAAAAGCCAUGAGUCUUGUGUAGUUAUACUGUCAAUAAGCAAUCACACUGUAAAGUAAUCCGCCAAAACUUGAACCACUCGGAAGAAAGUGAAAUGCAAUCUGUAAUUUCAUGAGCUUAACAUGGGCUUGUACUAUGUGUCACACUGUUGGGCCUCAACUGUUAAGUUUAGUCUUCUCACUUUAUU